AUGAGCACCCUGUCUUCACUGUCUCCCCCAUACUCCUGGACCACUGCAAUCGACUCGGGCAUAGCCAGUUCGAACAUGGCCAGCUCGAACAUGGUCAGCUCGGGCGAUAUCCUCUCCGCCGACCUCAUGACAUGGUGCCCGCAUACUGCUGCAUCCGGUUCUCCGCUCACAGGCUUGAUUCCCGACUGGGACAACACUUUGUCUUCCUCGUCGUCGACGAUCCGCCGAAUUCCAUCGGAAUCAGGAGACACGUUCAACGAUCCGAUGACGCUGCUUGGCGCAAACGAGCAGCAGAUCUCAAUGGCAGGAUCUGCCGCUUCGCUCCUAUAUGAAGCAUUCCGCCUGGAGACAGAACAUGAUACCCUGAAAGAGGAAUACACGAGCAAGCUCGCUCUCAGUUCCACCGAGACAGAGCACGAUAACCUCAGAAAGGAGUAUGAUAGCAAGCUCGCUCUCAAUUCUGAAGCACAAACAGAGAAUGCCUCCAGCCUGGUCAAAGCUUGGCGUACACAGAGAGCCUCCACUAUGAAAAACACCCUACCAGUCGUGUUUAAAGGGGCGCGUAAUGAGUCGGACAUUCUCGGUAUCUUCUCCGAUGUGGCUUCUGUCGAUGAAGACAGUGUCGACGGUCUCCUCGACUGGUUUGCCGAGCAAGACACAGAGACUGCUGAUGCAGUAGGUCCAGAGUUUCGGAAGAUGGUCGACAAGGCCAGCAACAUUACACCCUCGCUGUCUAUUCAAACACCCGCGAAGCAGAUCAGUGAUGGGAAUCAACAGAUAUCUCGACAUCGACGAAGCGAUAAGUUGGCUGUCGAGACAUAG